GAGAAUUCUACACGCAGGCAGAGAGAGAGAGAGGGACUAGGGAGGGAGAAUCAGAAGGGGGUGGUGGUGACUUUGAUGAUGGCUGAAGAUGGAAUUGCAGCAGAGAAAAUGGAGACAGCCAAAACUUUCCUUACAGACAAAGCUCUCUCUCUCUAUCUCUCACUUUCUUAAUGGGCCCAGCAAUCCUACCCCAACUGUCACGUAUCCUUCCACUGUCAGCCAACAACAUUGUAAAGCUUUCUCCUUUCUCUUUCCCCACCUCACCACCACUUUUCUCAGUCUUUAAUGGCUGCCUCAUCUUAGAAAUUCUGCAUAAAAAAAUAAUGGGUCGGUGCUAGAUAAGCAUUUGGGGCCUCUCUUUUUGGCUGUCACAAAGAUACCCACAUGGAAAAAGUCUUUGUUUUCAGUCAGGUUUUCGGUUGAAUUUGCAUAAAAUUCAUCUUGAUUUUUUUUUGGGUUCCUUAGUAGUGAAUUGGAGUCUUUCUUGGUGCUUGAAGCUCUGACAUUUGGUGUCUUCGGAAUCUGGAAAACAAGUAUUUUUGGUGUUUCAGGGGCUAUAUUUUUGGGCGUCUUCCAUGGUGCAUUGGAGAGAAUUGGAAUUUUUACUUUUCACACUGCGUCUUGAUGUUUUAGCAGCUGAAGCAUUUGCACUGAGUGGAGAUUUUAAAUAGGUUUUGGCAAAGAGAGAAUAUGCAAAUUACCACAAUCACGUUUUUUCCACAGAGUUGGUCAUUGAUCAGUCUUUUCUAUUGAAAUUUGAGGGUGAAUUGUGACCAAUUUGCGAUCACUAUAAUUGGAGGAGAUAUAUAGUUAUCCUAAAUGGUAUUUUCUUUGAAGGUAAGACCAGAUUACCGGAAGUUUGAGCUUUCGUGAAGUCUGCAAGGUGCUGUUUAAGGCUUAUUGAUGAAAAAAGAAGGCUUUGAUACCUUGCCAUCCAAAGAAAGCUUUAGUGCCUUGAGCUUCACUCUGUCGAAAGCUUGAGGGGUUGAAAUUGGAAUCUGAUCAUUCUUCUCUAAUAGAUUUUACCCGCUGCAUAGUUGUUCAUCUCCUUGUUCACUUUCAGGGCUCUAAAUUCGAGGUUUAAUGUGGUCAUUACUAGCGUGGAAUUUUGAUUGAACAAAGCCAAAUAAAUCCAAGAUUUAAUCAUUCAUUAUGGCGAAGAAAUCCCAGAGACGCCCUGUGCGGUAUGAAAAAGAUCAGUCAGGCUGUAUGUGGGGCUUGAUCAGCAUCUUUGACUUCCGCCAGGGUCGCUCUACUCGGAGGCUGCUCUCAGAUAGGAAGCUUGGGGGCAGGCAUGCUGUUGGUGCUGGUCAUUCAGUGAAUAAAUUUGAGGUGUUGACUAAUUUGGUUGAAAAUCAUCAAGGCACCCUCGAUGGUGAAGGGAGUAUGACUGCAAUAGUGACAACUAAUGCUGGUAAGCCUAGUAUGAAGAAACUCAUAGAAGAGGAGAUGUUCAGUGAGCAGGACCUAAAAAAGGAGAAUAUCAAUGCUGAAGUAGAAACAAAACUGAACAAGUCAGGACAUGAAGGUAACAUAAAGACAGAGAACAAAAGAACAAAAAAGACUCGCAAGAAAAGCCGUGAUAUGGACAAUCAUGACUUGAGUGCUGCUAAAAACUUGGACUCUGAAUGCUCUAUUAAUCAGAAUUUAGAGAAACAAUCAGUAGACAAUAUUGUUAUAGAUGGAAUGAUGGAAGAGUUCUGUCAUUGGGUCCAUCAAAAGAGUUUAAAUUAUUUGAAGCAUGACCAGGAUGAUGAAGUUCAAGCGCAAUCAAACCAGACGCAUUGUGAUUUUGACAGAUUGAAUGAGGCAAUCAAGGAGUUCAAGGCAAAACAUCUCAAAGAAAAUGGGAAAAUCCACCGCACCAAAGAACUGAUUGGUGCACGUGAGAUUUUAAGUUCUGAUGAGGAAUUGUUUUUGAAAUUAAUACAAGAUCCUAACUCUCUGUUGGCGAAAUAUGUUCUAAACUUGCAGGAUGGUCUGGUUGAGAAAGGCAAAGAACCCAAGUCUCUUCCAGAAUCCAACUUGCCAGAAGUGGAGCUUGGUAGUUUAAGACAAUCUGAGGAGCUUGUCAAUUGUAAGCAGCAGCGUAACUUCUUCAGGAGAAAGGUCAAGUCCCAGCAAAGAAACCCAUCGAAACUAAAUGAGAAUUCUGAAGCUCCUAAUAGAAUUGUUAUUUUGAAGCCUGGACCGGCAGGCUUGCAGAAUUCUGAAACUGAAAAUAGUAUUGGCUCAUCACGAGAACCUCAUUACAUGGUUGGAGAUAAAGGGUCUACUGAGAGAGUUGGUACACAUUUUUUUCUUGCUGAAAUUAAAAGAAAGUUGAAAAGUGCCAUGGGAAAGGAGUGGCAUGGAAUCUCUACUAUUUCUGUUUCUAAUAAUAUUCCUCAUAAACUUCAAAGUUUGGGAGAUCGUGACACAGGGAUUGAUAAGGAAGACACUGGGGAAAUUUCUCCAAGUAAGGAUCAAUUCUAUAUGGAAAGAACUGUUAGUCCUGCCAUUGGUGCCAAGAAAGGAGGCAAGACUGGCAAAUUGAAAGAUUCUGAAAUAGGUCUGGAACAUGAAACUGAUGGUUAUCCCAAACAAAUGGUAUCUACUAUCUACACUGAAGCCAAGAAACAUCUCUCUGAGAUGCUGAGCAACGGGGAUGAAGGUGUAGAUUUCUCAAGCAAACAGGUACCUAAAACCUUGGGGAGGAUUCUCUCUCUUCCUGAGUACAACUUGUCUCCCAUUGCCAGUCCUGGAAGGGCCUGGGAAGACAAAUUCGUAACUGCACAGAUGAGGUUUUCUGCCUGUGGCAAAAUUCAGAAGGUCAAUUCAAACACGUGGUCUCCCAAAAGAGAAAACAAUGUCAGCCAUCUAGGUCGGGCAACAGAAAACUUAGAGAGUCGGUCAUCCAUUUCUGACUGCCCUGAUAAAAAAGUACAAGCUCUUAACUCAAAUCCGGAUAUCUCAGAAAACUUAGAGAGUCGUUCAUCCAUUUCUGACUGCCCUGAUAACAAAGUACAAGCUCUUAACUCAAAUCCGGAUAUCUCAGAUGAUCAUGAUAAUGGAGUGGAAGGAACCUUUGUUUCCAUCAGUGAUGAGAUCAGUCCUGACGGUGUUGUAGAGAUUGUAAAAGUGACUGAAAUUGUAGUUCACGAAGAGAUUAGUGUCUUGAAUGCUCCUCCUGAUCCAAGUAGCUCUUCAAUGAUCAGAGAUGAUCAAAAUGCUGAUACAUCCGAAAUUUGUGAUGAUAAAGGAUAUUGUGAAAGCUUGAAACAGGAAUCACAUGAAGAGAAGCAAGUGCCAUCUUCUCCAUCAGUAUCCCCCUCCAGCUCCUUAAUCAACAAGAAAAUUGAAAAUCUAGAAAGUGCUGUUGAUAUACCAGAGCGACCAAGUCCUGUAUCUGUUCUCGAGCUGCUAUUCACAGAAGAUGACAUCAGCCCUACAAAGUCCAUAUCCCGAUCUGUCGAGCUAGCACUGCAACCACUGCAGCUUCAAUUUGAAGAACACGACGACUCAGCUGCAAAUCAAGUUCACUGUGCAAAAACUUGUAUGGAAGACAAGGAACUUAUAUUCGAAUAUGUAAAAGCAGUGCUACAAGUCUCUGGAUUGAACUGGGAUGAAGUCUGUGUGAAGUGUCUCACUUCAGACCAGCUUCUUGAUGCAUCAUUGUGUGGUGAGGUAGACUUCUUUUCCAACCAGCUCUGCUAUGACCGGAAGCUCCUUUUUGACUGUAUUAACGAGGUUCUCCUGGAGGUCUGUCAGCACCAUUUUGGUUGCUGCCCUUGGGUAUCAUUCAUAAAACCUAGCAUAAGGCCAGUUCAAAACAUGAAAAAUGCUACUCAAGAGGUCUGGGGAGGAGUAAAUUGGCAUCUCAUUCCUCUGCCUCUGCCUCAUACUUUGGACCAAAUUGUCAGAAAAGACAUGGCAAGAAUGGGAGCAUGGAUGGAUCUUUGUUUCGAUGCUGACGCUAUUGGUGUUGAGAUGGGUGAAGCCAUUCUCGAAGACUUAAUGGAAGACAUAGUAUUGGGCUGUGUAAAUAGAAGUACAGAAAGUGAGUAUACGGCCGAUCCGUCGGAAAACAGCAGCAGCAUCAACUUGUAAAAGGCAACCAACUUCUUUACGUCCAUGCCAUGCAUUGACCCAGCUUGUGUAGAGGUGGUAGGGAGGAGUUGUUUCUUGUUCAUCAGGGAAAGGAGUGACAUUCACUAAUUUGAGAGGGACUUUUGAGCAUAUGGUUUGACUUGGCUUUUUCUAACAUGUCCACUGAAAUCUUGUAGAUAUCUUACAAUCUUCUGAGCCCUCCUCCUAGGCGAAAAUCAUCAAAAGGAGGCGCUGCAUGCAAGAAUAAAAAUAACGCCUGUUUUGUGUGGCAAUUUUUCAAGUGAUUACGAGUGUGGAAUCUGGGUCAGUGUGCAUUUCACCCAGUAAAUAGAGGUUUUCCCGUUUUAGACCUUGUAGAGUUUGGUGGGUUGAUUUAGUCGAGGGUUUGUUCUUUUCUUUGUUUGAUUCCAAUCAUUCUUCCUUGUGUUCGCUUAUCUUUAUUUUGAGGGGUGUUUCUUUAUUUUACCUGUUUUGCUGCUGUAUUUACCGAAGUAUUGUGAUUGUAACUAAUUACUAUAGCCUAAAAGGAGAGAUACAAGUGACUUCACAUUAGGAGUGUUGUAGUCACCAUACAAACCGAGUGUUAUGUGAAGAUUGUUGAAAUUGAUACAUGAAAAAUAUGAAAUACUUGUUCCAGCUGGUUUUGGUUAA